GCUUUUAGUGAAGGAGUAAAGAGAUUGAAGGAAGGUGAUGUGGCGAAUGCUGUCCUCUUCUUGGAGGCUGCUGUCCACAGACAUCCUGAAGACUCCGAGGCCUGGUUUCAUCUUGGCACCGCACAAGCUGACAAUGAACAGGAGUCAAUGGCCAUAGCAGCUUUCAACAAAUGUCUUGAUUUGAAUCCUGAGAACUUGAAAGCCCUGAUGUCAUUGGCUGUCGGGUACACGAACGAAUCACUACCUCACAAAGCUUGCAAGUGCUUACGUGAUUGGCUGGCCAGACAUCAUAAAUACUCAUCUCUCAUUGGUCGAAAGAACAAUGAUGAAAUAGCUAAAAGCAGUUAUAAAAGUCAUACAGAACUGCUCGAUCUAUUCCUAGAAGCUGUGCACAUGUCGACCAAUCAUAUUGAUCCCGAUGUGCAGAUUGGAAUGGGUGUGCUGUUCAAUUUGACUGGUGAAUAUAAGAAGGCAGUUGAUUGCUUUAAAACGGCUCUGCAAGUUGCUCCUGAGGACUCCAUGCUGUGGAACAAAUUAGGAGCCACACUCGCCAAUGGCCAGAUGAGCGAGCAAGCUAUAACAGCGUAUCACCAGGCCCUCAAUCUUCGGCCCGGUUACGUCAGGACCAGAUUCAAUCUCGGAGUCGCAUGCGUCAAUUUAGGGGCGUAUAGGGAGGCCGUUGAACAUUUCCUUUCUGCUCUAACGUUGAAAGACCAAACAAAAGGACCCAAGACAGCUUCAAACGGCAACAUCAUCUGGUCCAGUUUAAGGAUGGCAUUGUCCUUGUUGGGCAGCACAGAUUUGUUGGAUUCAUGUGAUAAGCAUGAUUUGCAGUUUCUCAACGCACACUUCAAAUUGAAUUAG